AUGGCUGGAGAAACAAAUACGGAUUCUAGUGUAGAGCAAGCGACGGUGUCCACGGUAGCUCCAACUGAAACGUCCGCAAAGCACGUGUCUUCUACUGUUGAUUUAAGAGAUUCUCAAUCACAUGAUGUAAUAGAGGCUGCAGUGCAGGAAGAAACUAUGGCAGAAGAAAGUGUAAAGCAGAUAAGUAUUGUUGAACAGAGCGCGACGGUGCCUGAGAAUGAAAAACAUCAGGAGUUAUCAGUUAACGCGGAGGAAGCAUCGUUGGAAGUGGCGAAAGUUGUAGAACAAAACGAACCUGUUGUGCAACUAUCCGAAAACAGUGUGAUGGAGCCAGUGCAUGAUGUUUCAAUUGCGGACGAAGAAGACAAUACUGAGGCAUUUGUAUCGGAAAAAAGAUCUACGGAAACUGUUGAAGAUGAAGAUGCCUCUGCUGAACCUGUUGUUGUAAAGGAAGAAAUUUCCGCCGAACCUGUGGCGGCUGAGGAAGUUUCCACUGAACCUGCCGCUGUAAAGGAAGAAAUUUCCCCCGAACCUAUUGCUGUAAAGGAAGAAAUUUCCCCCGAACCUAUUGCUGUAAAGGAAGAAAUUUCCGCUGAACCGUUUGCGAUUGAAGAAAUCACCACUGAACCUGCUUUCCUGUACAAAGCGAUGGAACAAGUAGCUAGCGGACAGGGUUUUACUGCAGGACAGUUCAAGAUCGAGUUUGACGUUGGAUCAAACAAGGGUGACGGGUUUGUGGGUCAAUUGUUCAAAGCAUUUCUCACCGAAGGUGAUCGUCGGGAGGUGUUCCUGUGUAAAAUCCCUCCACUAAACGAAGCCCGUCGCCGUCAAUUUCCCACGAUGACCAUUUUCAGCCGUGAAACGCUAGCGUACAAAACCCUGCUACCGGCUCUAUUCACUUAUCAGGAGAGUAAAGGUGUCGCUCGUGAAGAUGGUUUCUUUAAUGUGCCAAAGUGCUAUUAUGCCGAAUGUGACGAAACUGCGGAAGAGUCGGUUAUCAUAAUGGAAGAUUUGCGCCUGCAGGACUACCGGAUGUGGGAUAAAAUGGUGCCAGUAAACUAUGAACACGUGAAGCUAACGAUGCAAUCUUUGGGACGUUUGCAUGCGGUGUCGCUUGCGUUGAAACGGGAACGGCCACAAGAUUUCGAACAAUUCAAAGUGUCAGACCCGUUGGAGGUGCUGAUGCCCGAAGGAAGCCCUAUGGCGGGAAUGAUGGUUCAGAUGAUACUCGACGCGAUUGAAACGCUUGAACCACAUGAAACGAAGGAACGAAGCAAGUUGCAAAAGCUGGCAGAUAAUAUGCGUAAGGAAAUGUUAGCCUGCACCGAUAGCAGCUCGGCGGAACCGUACACAGUACUCGGCCAUGGCGACUGUUGGGUGAACAACUUUAUGUUCAACUACAAGAAUGGAAUUCCAGAAAAUGUUGUCCUGCUUGAUUGGCAGAUAACGCGCUAUGUAUCACCCGUGCUCGAUCUCGUCUACUUUCUGUUCUGUUGUACGGAUGAAGAGUUCCGACGGCGGCACUACGACGAGAUGAUGAACGUGUACUACAACUCGCUAGAGACACUACUCGAAAAGCUUGGCCACAGUCCUCAGGAAGUCUUCCCACGAACAGCGCUAAUGCGUCAAUUACGCCGUUACGGCAAGUUCGGAAUAUUAAUGGCCGUUUUUCUGGUGCCGAUGCUAUGCACGCGCAACGAAGAUCUGAUCGAUAUGGAUGAGGCGGCCGAGAGGUACCGCGAUACGAACGAAAUGGAUUUGAAGGGCGUGACUAUGAAUGCCAAUAAACAGGCGUAUCGGACACGGAUGAGUGCGGUGGCACGCGAUUUGGUGCGGUAUGGGUAUCUAUAG